AAAUAAUCGAAAUAUGCCAUUGGUUAGACCAGAAAACAUGGGAGAAGAAAAGUCAUUCUACAAAGCCACAAAUUGAGAAGUUGGACCUAAAAACAUGUAAAACCGACCACUCUAGAAGCAGCUUCCAGUCGUCCUCUUCCAUUCGAGUAUGACCUCUAUUCCCUUCGUUUCAUCUUCUUUCCCUCGUUCCUCAUUUCGAACAUCCAAGAACGUCAACUAUUAGACUUGAGACUUUUUUCUCCCAUUCUCUCCUCCCUAAGAAUUCUAUCCACAAUCAAAUCCACCCAUCCUCGAUUUCUAAUGCUUCCAUCUUUGAACAGAACUUGAUGCCCUCAGCUAUCUCACCCUCAGAUAAGUUCUUUUUCCUCUUCCUCCAACCAUGGCCUCCGAACGGCCUCUUCUGAUCCCGUCCCCGCGCACACCAGCGCCGGACUCGACACCUAUUCCUUUUCCAACGGUCGCUGCAGCCAGACGUUCCUCGUCCUCCUCCUCCCGCAGGAAAACCGCACCUCCUCACUUCCGCAACUUGUCGGUGGAGAAUGUCGACUUCUCGGCCGAGAUGCAUUCGAGCACCAAAACCACCUUUUCCAUCGAAACAAUUUCGCGCUCGGCGUCCAAGCAGCAGCCUCAGCCAUCGGUGCCGCGGUACGGCUCCCGUCGAUCGGAAUCGGUUAACAUGGGCUCCUCGCAUAAAGAGAUCAGCGAUGCCGACGCCCGCCUGGUGUACAUAAACGACCCCGAGCGCAGCAACUCCCCUGUUCGGCAUCCCAACAACUCCAUCAACACUUCCAAAUACUCCAUCCUAACCUUUCUCCCCAAAAACCUCUUCGAGCAGUUCCACCGCGUCGCCUAUAUCUAUUUCCUCAUCCUUGCAGGAAUUAACCAAAUCCCCCAACUCGGCGUUUUCACCCCAGCCGCCUCCAUCCUUCCCCUCGCCUUUGUCCUCGGCGUCACCGCCGUCAAGGAUGCCUAUGAAGACUACCGACGCCACCGCUCCGACCGCACUGAAAACUCCCGCUCCGCCUCCGUGCUAUCCUCCUCCUCAGAAUUCCAGCCCAAGCCAUGGAAAGAUAUUCGUGUCGGCGAGGUCAUACGCGUCCAGUCCAACGAGACCAUCCCCUGUGACCUCGUCCUCCUCGCUACCAGCGAUCCCACCGGCGUCGCCUACGUGCAGACUAUCAAUCUCGAUGGUGAAUCCAACCUUAAAACGCGCUACGCCAAGCAGGAGACUCUCUCCAAACCCCCAGAAACCCUCUCCGCUAUCAUCCGCUGCGAGAAGCCCAACCGCAACAUAUACGGUUUCCACGGCAACGUCGAAAUCGAAGGCAGCAAACAGCGUGUCUCCCUCGGCCCUUCCAACGUUAUCCUUCGCGGCUGCGACCUUAAGAACACAGCUUGGGUAGUCGGCGUCGCCGUCUACACUGGAAAGGACACCAAAGUCAUGCUCAACAGCUCCGGCGCGCAAUGGAAGCGCAGCCGACUUGAGACGCACAUGAAUAGAGAGACUAUUAUCUUGGCCGUGGCUCUAUUCGUGGAGUGCGCUCUCGUGACGAUACUCGCCGGCGCUUGGCUCGGCCGUCACCGGGACAAACUUGACGACCUAAUCUAUUACAGGAAGCGUGAUUUUUCGGACAGAGAUGUUGGGAAGUAUGAUUACUACGGAAUCGGGUGGGAGAUUGUGUUCACUUUCUUCAUGUCGGUGAUUUUGUUCCAGGUUAUGAUUCCGAUUGCGCUAUACAUUUCGAUGGAGCUCGUGAGAUUGGGGCAGGCCUUCUUUAUGAUUCAGGAUGAGAGCUUGUUUGAUAAGGAGAGGGGUAAUAGACUGCAGUGCCGUGCUCUCAAUAUUAAUGAGGAUUUGGGGCAGAUCAAGUAUGUAUUUUCCGAUAAGACUGGGACUUUGACUGAGAAUAAGAUGGAGUUUCGCUGCGCCAGCGUGGUUGGAGUAGACUACAGCGGCGACCCCGCAACCGCAGCUGAUACCGGAGAAGAAGGCGUCUCCGUUGCAGUGGGCGAGCAAAUCUGGAGACCAAAAAUGAGCGUUAAAACUAAUCCGGAGCUCCUUUCCUUGCUGAGGACUGGAGAGCGAACAGAGAAAGGAGACAAAGCCCGAGAAUUUUUGCUCGCACUAGCCACCUGCAACACCAUCGUUCCCAUCUUGACCGAAACAGAUGAUCCCUCAAUUAAGCUAAUAGACUAUCAGGGCGAAUCACCUGACGAGCAAGCCUUACUCUAUGCCGCAGCCGCUUAUGGUUUCACGCUCAUCGAACGCACCUCCGGCCACAUUGUUAUUGACAUCUUCGGUCAAAAACAGAGGUUUGAUAUAUUGGGACUUCAUGAGUUUGACAGUGAUCGUAAGAGGAUGUCAGUUAUAGUGGGCUUUCCUGAUAAGACAGUGAAAGUUUUUGUUAAAGGUGCAGACAGUUCAAUGUUUGGAGUUGUGGAUAAGACAUUGAAUGUGGACAUAGUUCAAGCAACCAAAUCACACCUUCACACAUACUCAACAUUGGGUCUGAGAACCUUAGUCAUCGGUAUGCGAGAAAUGAGUAAUAUUGAGUUUGAAGAGUGGCAUUCUUCCUAUGAGAAAGCCAACACUGCAUUGUUUGGGAGGGGAAGUUUAUUAAAAGCAGUUGCAAUGAAUAUUGAGAACAAUGUUAGCAUUUUAGGAGCCUCGGGAAUUGAAGAUAAGUUACAACAAGGUGUGCCUGAAGCCAUUGAAUCUCUGAGGAGAGCUGGGAUCAAGGUCUGGGUUUUGACUGGAGACAAGCAAGAAACUGCAAUUUCUAUUGGAUUUUCUUCCAAUCUUUUAACGGGAGACAUGACUCAGAUUAUAAUAAACAACAAUUCCAAGGAGUCAUGUAAAAAGAGUUUAGCAGAUGCCCUUGCCAUCACUAAGAAAAUGACAGGAAAGUCUCCAGUAGGACAUAACAGUAUUGGAGUAGAUUCUAAAAAGACUCCUCUUGCUUUGAUAAUUGAUGGUACCAGCCUCGUCUACAUCCUUGAGACCGAGCUAGAAGAAGAGCUAUUCGAAGUAGCAACAUCAUGUAGUGUUGUUUUGUGUUGUCGAGUGGCUCCGUUGCAGAAGGCUGGGAUAGUUUGUGGGAUAGUUAUGCUAAUCCUAAUCAAGAGCAGAACAGAUGAUAUGACUCUUGCUAUUGGAGAUGGUGCAAAUGAUGUUUCGAUGAUCCAGAAGGCUAAUGUUGGGAUAGGCAUUAGUGGAAGAGAAGGGAGGCAAGCUGUUAUGGCCUCAGAUUUUGCUAUAGGACAGUUCAGAUUCUUGGUACCACUUUUACUGGUCCAUGGUCACUGGAACUACCAAAGAAUGGCUUAUAUGAUCUUGUACAACUUCUACAGAAAUUCUAUUCUUGUGUUUGUUCUUUUCUGGUAUGUGCUAUAUACAGCUUUCAGUUUGACUACUGCGAUCAGUGAGUGGAGCAGUGUCUUGUACUCGGUUAUUUACACAGCUCUGCCAACCAUAGUUGUAGGAAUUCUUGACAAGGAUUUGAGCAAGAAAACACUGUUGAAGUACCCCCAGCUAUAUGGGUCCGGCCAAAGAGAAGAGCGUUACAACCUAAAACUGUUCAUUUUAACCAUGAUGGACUCGGUUUGGCAAAGCUUAGCCAUCUUUUUCAUACCAUUUCUUGCUUACAGACACAGUACCAUUGAUGGAUCCGGCAUUGGUGACCUCUGGAUCCUUGCAGUUGUUCUUAUGGUGAAUCUUCACUUAGGAAUGGAUAUUUUCAGGUGGAAUUGGAUAGCACAUACGUCCAUUUGGGGCUGCAUUGUUGCAACAGUCAUUUGCGUCAUCAUUAUAGAUGCGUUGCCCAUCUUACCUGGUUUCAUGGCAAUAUUCCACGUGAUGGGCACAUGGGUUUUCUGGUUCUGCUUACUUGCCAUUCUAAUUGCAGGCUUGAUUCCGCGAUUUGUGACCAAGGCUGUUACAGAAUUCUUCAUGCCUAAUGAUAUCCAGAUUGCAAGGGAGCUUGAAAAGUUUGGUAAUUUAAAUGAGGACCCCCCUGUUUCUGAAAUUACAACGAGAACUUUGUCAAACCAUCAACAGCAGACCAUGCCAUAGAAUUCUUUUUAGUAAAAUUUCCUCUUCUUCUGUUUUUCGUUUAACUGAGUGUAUAGUAGCAAUUAUUCUUUCCAGCUGCAUGUUGGAGUAUAGGCCGAUUUCAAGCUUAUAGGUUGUCCAAAUGGAUAGUUAUCUAUAGUUGUAGGAUUUUUUAUUUUCUUUACAUUAUAUCAAAAAAGCAUAGUAGAGUUGUACAAAAUAUACAGUUUUCUUAUAACUUCUACUUUGUCUUAUAUUCUUGCUGAGUUUGCUGAUGACGCGCAAAGUUCAGCUUUCAGGCUUGUAGAAAAGCGAAUUUUACUGUAAAUACA